GCUAGAUAGUAUUUCCAUAGCAAUCUUUCAUUUCAUUUCAUCAGAGAAGUCGCUUAAUAUUAUUUGCAGAAUUUGUUUUGUGUUUCUCGUUUCUUCAGUUUACAGAGAAUGAGCUAUUAUAAUCAACAACAAGCCCCUGUUGGAGCUCCUCCUCCACAAGGGUAUCCUCCAGCUGGGUAUCCACAGGCUUAUCCUCCACCACAACAGGGUUACCCUCCAGCUGGGUAUCCUCAGCAGGGUUACCCUCCCCAGGGAGGACCCCCACCUCCACCUCAGAGGCAAUCUAGAGAAGAUGGCUUUUUGAAGGGAUGUUGUGCUGCCCUCUGUUGCUGUUGUGUGUUGGAAGAAUGUUGCUUUUGAGCUGGUACAGGAAUUUGCAAAGGCUCAAAAUUUGGUCUGCUAAGAUUAAAUGAUUGAAUUUGGAUAUAGGAUUAGCUGUCAUUACUGGCUCAAAAUUCAUUGUUUGUAGAGCUUUCCUUAGGACCCAUUUGUAGCCAUAUUCAUAUUGUUGUAUUGAAUUUGCUUUGCUUGGAGGAUUGUUGGGCUUUGACUGUUUAGUGGAGUAUAUUUAUAAUAUAUAUUUUAAUAAAUAAAAAUAAAAUUGAAGGAAAUUCCUUUCUGUUAUAAA